UCCCUCCUUCUUCCCUCCGCCUUGCGAGGCCUGGCUCUGCCUUGAAGGAGAGCAGCCAGGGCCCAGGAGAGGAGGACGAAGAGGAAGGAGCAGACGACGACGCCAUUCGCCGUCCCUUGAAGCUUUCCCUCAGGACCCAGGAGGGGCGCCACCAGAUGAUCAACAUGGGCAUCAGCUAGUCAACAUGAGGCAGUAUUAGAACAAUUUGUGUUGUAAACCACUGAGAAGAUGUUACUGGAGAAAAAUCAGCAACAUAGGAGGCCUUUGACUGGGUCAUUGGGACUUGAAGAAAACUCUAAUCGUGUGAUUGCUAUUGUCUUUAUUGCACUCCUCAUAGAUCUCUUGGGUUUCACCCUUAUCCUCCCACUCCUUCCUUCAAUACUUGAUUACUACAACAAGAAUGAUGAUGGUUUCUACAUGACAUUGCAACAUGGGGUGGACUGGUUCAGUGAAAUGAUUGGUGUGCCUCCUGAAAGGAAAUACAACAGUGUUUUAUUUGGAGGUUUAAUUGGAUCAAUCUUUUCUAUGCUUCAGUUCUUUGCCUCUCCACUCACUGGUGCUGCUUCUGAUUACUUUGGGAGAAGACCAGUCAUGUUGUUGUCAGUGAUUGGUCUGAUAGCAUCAUAUUCCCUAUGGGCCAUUUCCAGGAGCUUUGAGCUGUUUCUUUUCUCUAGAGUCAUUGGUGGAAUAAGCAAAGGGAAUGUCAGUCUUUCCACUGCCAUAAUUGCUGACUUGCAAAGUCCAAAAGCUCGAAGCAAAGGCAUGGCAAUGAUUGGUGUAGCUUUCUCCUUGGGUUUUACCCUUGGUCCGAUGCUUGGAGCAUACCUCGCUAUGGAGAAAGAGAAAGGAGAAAUCUUCUAUGUUCAUGCUGCCAUCUUUGCUGUGGUGUUUGCAGUUACUGAAUUGGCUUUCAUCUUCAUCUUGUUGCCGGAGACACUCUCAAAAGAAAAACGGGUGUCCUCUGUGAUCUCUGGUUUUCAGUCAGCAGCUCAUUUGAUCAGUCCUCUCGCCUUGUUUCAGUUUUCUGCUGUAAGCCAAAGAAUGGAACCACUUUCAAAAGAGAAUCUCAAGACCCUAGGUUUGGUGUACUUCCUGUACCUUUUCAUCUUCUCUGGCCUGGAAUACACUCUGGGUUUUCUUGUUCAUCAGCACUUCCAAUUCAGCAGCAUGGAACAAGGGAAGAUGUUUUUCUUCAUUGGAAUUUCAAUGGCUGUGAUCCAGGGAGGUUACGCUCGAAAAAUUAAGCCAGGAAAUGAACUAAAGACUAUUAAAAUGGCAAUAAUGCUGUUGGUUCCUGCUUUCCUUUUAAUUGGCUGGAGUACUAAUGUGAUCAUUCUGAGCACUGGACUGUUUUUCUACUCUUUUGCUUCUGCCAUUGUUGUUCCUUGUCUAUCUACAGUGGUGUCCAGCUAUGGAUUGGCAAGCCAAAAAGGAACAGUAAUGGGAAUUUUAAGGAGUCUGGGGUCCCUUGCAAGAGCUGUUGGGCCAGUCAUGUCAGCAACAGUAUACUGGUUGGCAGGAGCUGAAGUUUGUUUCACGGUCUGUGCAUCUUUGUUACUUAUACCCUUCAUUCUGCUUCGAAGCAUUCAAGAACAAAGAAAAGUAGAAUAAGUGAUGAAACAUUUUAUAAGAAAUUCCAAAAAUAAUGCUUACAUACCUGGCAUGGAGCAACACAUUUUUGUGGAAUAUCAUGUUUUUAUGGUCUAGGUUAACCGAGUUAUGGUUAACUAAGUCUUUCGACCAUACCAUCCACAGGAAGGCCUUAGAUUUAUAUAUAUUUGGGAUGCAGAAAGAUUUGAUGGUAGGAAAAUUGUUGUGGAUGUUAUUUCUGCCACACUAUGAUGAACAGUCUUAGUAAUGCAAUCUCAAGUGCUGGUUUUCAACAAGAGUUUUUGUCAGGAAUUUGAAAAAAGUAUGUAAAGAAAAGAGGUGCUUUUCUAUUCAGUGAAACAAAGGUUGCCAACAAAUGAUGUACUGUGUUUGUGUGUGUGUGUAUGCUCCCUCUUCCUUCCCUAACUUGGAACUCUUCAGGUGCAUUGCAAUCACUGUCUACCAAAUAUUUCCCUACCAUAUUAAUACUAAGCCCAGGUAUAUGUGUGUAUAUAUAUGUAUAUUUUGAUCAGAAAACCUGCCUCUUGGUUUGGUUUUACCAAGUUGCAGAAUAUGAUAGUUGUUGCCUUAAACUAUCUGGGGGGUGGGUGGGUAUGUUGCCCUUCAGAUAUUGGGCUGUACCGCCCAUCAACCCUUUCAACAUAGGAAUGAUGGAAGUUGUAGUCUAGCAACAUUCAAAGGGCCACACAUUUCCCAACCCUGCUUUAAAGCAAAUCUGUAAAAUCUGCACAGGGGGUGUCCUGCACUUAAGUAUGAAUGGGCAUCGAGCUGCAACAAUCCAUUGUUUUUAAUACUCAUUACCUGCCAAGUGAGAGACAAUGUGCCGUUAAUAUCCACAGGUUAAGAUAACUGUGAAGUUUGUUCCAUUAGCUGUAAUUAAAUAAAAUGUAUUUUGCAUUCUAGGUUGUAUAGGCUAGAAUCCUGUUGGUGUCCUACACAGGCAUAAAUUUCCCUACAGAGGUAGCUCAACAUUUUUCUCUCAAGGCUGGAGAAAUAGUUGUACAUACAGUGUCAUGUGCAUAGUUCUGCAUUGUGUAGGGAUACACACAGGUACAUGGAUGUGGGUGAUGUAAAUUCACAUUGUACAUGCAGCUGAACAUGUUUGUGCAUUUGGUUGUGCAGCAUCUCAGUUCGUUAGCAAAGCAGCAUCGUUCAGCUUCUACAUGACUCCCUGAACAUAAAGUUACGCUCCAUCUCCUUAGUUUAGGAUCAUGGCCAUAAUGUCAUGCAUUAUACAUUAUAAAUUGAGAACCUUCAAGUAUAGUGGGAUGGGUUGUGGCCUUUUAAUACUUCCAACAUGUUUUUUGAAGAGAGACUUUUUUAUCUCUUAAGUGGGAUACACAUGACUUUGAAUUAUUUAUCUUCUUUUUUCAUCACUAGAGUGAAUUUGGUUGCCAGUACGCUAAAUGCCCAUCCUUUUCAAUGGUCAAAAAUGGGGAGGGCUUUGGAUUCUGUGGAUCUACACCUUCCAUACCAUCCAUACCAUACCCACAUCCCUCCCUGUUUUCUGUAGCUCUGAUACCAAAGAUGUGAGGGGUGUAGAUCUUUCCAUGGAACAAGGAAUGGGGAUCCAAUAUGGAGUGGUUUCUAACCUUAGUGGAGGAUUUCCUGUGUGGCCAGUGGCAUUAUGUUUAUUACUGGCUUACCACUAAGAUUUGAACAGCAUAGAAAAACUAGGAAAUUCUGGGAUUUAAAGUGGCUUAAUAGUAAUUUUCUUCAUAUUGUUUUGCAAAGUUCCAAAGCAUCAUAUAUAUAUAUAUAUAUAUAUAUAUAUAUAUAUAUAUAUAUGAAUGAGAGAGAGAGAGCAGAAAUCAUGGUAUCUGUGAUAGCAAAAAGUUGUAACACAGUUGAUGUCUGGUGGGGUAGAACAAGAAAGCAUAUAAGUAGAAUAAUCAGUGAAGUCUGUAAAUUUAAACAUUUCAAUGUAAUCUGAUUAUCAUUACUAUUUUCUCUGUAAUCAUUUAUUCUUAUACUUUUAAAAUUUUGAUUAUAUUACCCUUCAUAGUAUGUUUGUAUAAUCAUAACCAUAAAGGAAGCUACUACCUCACCUGUUGCUUAAGAACAUAUACUAGAAUAAAUAAGCAGGGAUUCAAUGGCUUGUGCCUCUCACUGUCAUGUUAUCUCCUAAGUGUACAAAAUAUUUGAAUAAUGAUUUGUCUUCAGCGACUGUAGGCAACUUUUAAGUGUGGCCUUAACAUAUGAUGUAAUGUAAUAUGCUAUCAUAAUAGUAAAAGAUGAAGAAUUGCUGAACAAUUAUCAUCUUAUUAGCUAAACUAUAAUGAGAUAACUGGCUAACCCUCCUUGGGAGUUUUCUUCUGUUUCUUUCUUCUUGAGAGAUUAAGAAUCUAAACACACGUGAGAGUCUGGAGAUUACAAGCUAAAUUUCUUGACAGUUUCCUUUUCUUGAAAGCAGUCAUCAGGGACUCCAACUUGGAUCAGAGCUGAGUGAAAAGAGUGCUUAACCUUUGACUCCCUGUGCUACUUCCUCAAUACAAAUCUACCCCUCUAAAGUUGCUGUUAGCUUCAGAGAGAAAAAUAUUUAUUGUGGGCUCUUUCAUAGUGUACAAUUUUUGUGCUGUGAUUCCACUUUAACAUGAAAACGUCCUGUGGAACUUGGGGUUUUCAAUUUAGGGAAAGGCCUUUAGAAUUCUCAGCUAGAGAACUCAAGUGCCUCAACAAACUACAUAUCCCAGGAUUCCAUAGGAUGCAGCCAUGGCAGUUCAGGUGGACUUAUUCAUAGAAUCGUAGAGUUGGAAGAG